AUGGCGUUGACAACAGGCAUCCUGGCUCUGCUGCUUGCAGCGCACUGCAUGUUGGUCCCCACGCAUGUUGCUGAUGGCGCAACGGUAUGCCCAGGAGAGCCUACCACACCACCUCCAACCACUCCGCCACCAACAUGCCCACCAGGAGCUUCCACAUCACCGCCAACCAUGACCACACCUCCAGUCACGACCCCACCGCCAACCAUGACCACACCUCCAGUCACGACCCCACCGCCGGUCACGACCCCACCGCCAGUCACGACCCCACCGCCGGUCACGACCCCACCGCCGGUCACGACCCCACCUCCAGUCACGACCCCACCGCCGGUCACGACCCCACCUCCGGUCACGACCCCACCUCCGGUCACGACCCCACCACCAACAUGUCCCGGAGGAUCUACCACAAUGCCCCCAACCACAAUGCCCCCAACCACAAUGCCCCCAACCACUAUGCCCCCAACCACUAUGCCCACAACCACUACACCAGCAUGCUAG